GAAGGGAAGUGGAUUACGCGUGUGGGCUCCAUGUGGGCCUGUCGCAAUAAUAAGGGACGGGAGGCAACAUGUACGGUAAAAAGAGGCCCAGAUCCGGCAAAGGCGAACUGUUACUUACUUGUUCCAUCCGUUUCAAUGGGACGCUAAGACAAACCUGAAGAAUGUUUACUCGGAAUGCACCUCUGAAGCAAGUUACUUGUCUCCAUCAUGGCAUUUCCAGAGCCAAAACCUAAGAAGCCUGAGCUGCCCAAGAAACUACUGAGCACACUGGAAUGUAAACAGGGAGCUGUCAGGGCAGUGAGGUUCAAUGUGGAUGGAAAUUAUUGUCUUACUUGUGGCAGUGACAAGUCACUCAAGCUCUGGAACCCCCACAAAGGGACACUCCUCAAGACUUACAGUGGCCAUGGCUAUGAAGUCCUGGAUGCAGCCGGGUCAUUUGAUAACAGCCAGCUUUGCUCAUGUGGAUCAGACAAGACAGUAGUGCUGUGGGAUGUUGCCACAGGGCAGGUGGUUCGCAAGUUCCGUGGCCAUGCAGGGAAGGUAAACUGUGUCCAGUUCAAUGAAGAGGCAACUGUGAUCCUUUCAGGUUCUAUUGACUCCAGUGUUCGCUGCUGGGACUGUCGUUCACGCAGACCAGAUCCCAUCCAGAUCCUGGACGAGGCCAAGGAUGGUGUCUCCAGUCUGAAGGUGUCAGACCAUGAAAUCCUUACAGGUUCCGUGGAUGGGCGUGUCCGGCGCUACGACCUUCGUGCUGGGGAGCUCUGCUCAGAUUACAUUGGAAGUCCCAUCACCUGUGUGUGUUUCAGCAAAGAUGGCCAAUGCACCCUGGCUGCCAGCUUGGAUUCCACACUGCGACUGUUGGACAAGGAUACAGGGGAGCUGCUAGGAGAAUAUACAGGUCACAAAAAUGCAACCUACAAGAUGGACUGCUGCCUGAGUGAGAGAGACACACAUGUUGGGAGCUGCUCCGAGGAUGGGAAGGUGUAUUUCUGGGACCUGGUUGAGGGGUCCCUCACCCUGGCCUUGCCUGUCAGCAAAGCUGCAGUCCAGUCUCUGUCCUUCCACCCAACCGAGACUUGCCUGCUCACUGCUGCAGAGGGCCAUGUCCAGUUCUGGAGGGAAGAAUCUUAUGUGGCUGAGGAAGGGGCACCUUCCUGAUUUUCAUUGGCCUUGUCCAAGUAGAGAACUAUCGAUGUAGGAGAUGGAAUCCUCUGACAUACCUGUCUUCAGGAGUGCGCAGAAUUGUGAACACUGCUUUCAGGAAGGAGUGUGAUGUUGGGUUAGGAACAAGCAUCACUUGGACUUUUCAUCUUCAGAAGGACCAGCCUGAUUGAUGAAGGGCUUUUUCCUCUGGAUGUUCCCUGAGCUAGUAGGAUCUAAAGGCUUCCUAGCUUUCUGGGAUGGCACUGUGCAAGUCAGUUCCAUGUACUAGUACUACAAACAUUGGUUCAAGUAAAACAUUCCUUCUUGAGAUGAGUUCUGCCCUUAGGUGAUGCUACCAAGGAGUGAAUAUCUUUGUUUUGAGUCAAGGGACAACCGUCCUAUUAAUUGUGUGAAUAUAAUUAAAGCGGUAUGCAGGUGCAGUCUCUCAUUGUAUG